CAAACCCCGCCGCGAUCGGUUGUGCUUUAGACCCAAAAACAUAUACGUAAAUAGCUUGGAAUUCGCCGUUUUCGUGAUCGAGUUGUAGGCGCCUCCCCCCACCACCGCUCCCCGCUUUCGCCCAGCAGCAGAUGUGUGAAACAAGCUUUUGCGUUUCGAACUGAGCCGAACGCACACACUUAAGACCAAAAAACAGCGAUAAUACGAAUUGGCCACGCUCGUUGUUUGGGCUAAUUCGGUUAAGUGCGUCGGAAAGAAAGUCCACGGCGCCAGCCCCCGAGACCAGCUGAUAACCCACUGAGCGGCCACAAAGGCGCUUUUAUUGGGCCCUAAAAAAGAAAGUCGCCGCACAGAGGUUACACAACCGGGGCGUGCAAUUGACCCACGGACAACUUACACCGGCCAACGAGCAACGGACCCCGGAUCACGUAUCCCCUGAACUCCUCGCCUGGUGUGGAGUACGCAACAACAACGCCACUAUGACGACUGCGGCGAAAGCAAUCUUGGCCUGCUGCCUGCUGGCCGCCUUCCACAUGCAAAUCAGCUCGUCAUCGGCCAUUCCCAUUUGGGAGUUUCUGACCCGCAACGAGAAGAUGUCCCACCUAUACUCGACGUUCGCCCAACUGGUUAGCGUGCACUGCAAGUCGACUGCCGCCGUCGGAGGACUGCCGGUGAACCAGUGCAAGCACAACCUGCUCGGCCACGGAUCCGCCAAGCUGCAGACGCUCUCCGACGCCCAGCUGGAGGUGCUCGAUCCGUAUCAGCGCAACGCCAACGAGCUGAUCUGGGCCUCGAUCAUGCGGGAUCACCCGAGCGGAGCCAGCCUGGUGACCACUCGCCAGCCGCUCCAGCCCCUGCCCACGCCGCCCGCCUCCUCGCUGAUCAUCCUGACCCGCCAGCAGCUGCCCCACGGUGCACAGGUCCAGAGCCCCAGCCACGGAGCCAACCCGAUCUUCGAGAGCGGCGAGCAAAAGCACAAGUACGCCAUGGACAUGGACAUGGCCUACGGCUACCCUUCCGUGCAGCAGUCCAGCAGCGAGCUCCCUGUGGCCGCAGCCCUCACGGCAGAGCCGCCGAAGAGCUUCCUCACCGGUCCCCUGGUGAUCCGAGUGCGGCCCGACGGCUCCCCAGUGGAAGAGGACAAGAGGAUCCCCCUGCCGCGCGACGAGGACCUGCCCUACUUUCGUCUUGGGCUUGCUGCAGCCCAGCCCAACCGGCACCGCAAGAUCGCCACCAUCAGCGCCCUGAAGCAGCAGCACUUCGCCUCCGUCCUGCAGCGCGAUCUCCAGCCACCCCACCAGGUGCAGCGGCGCCUCUUCCGACAGCAGCAGGCGUAAGGUCCUCCUGACUGGAGGACCCCUAAGCUUAAGUCCGUGUGGAGUGUGGAGUGUGAGUGAAUGUGAUGGAGCGCAGGCGUCCUGGCGUUCUGCCUCACGAGUGAAUGAUCCUGCUAGGUUUAGUUGUUUGAGGAGUUUUCUUGAAUGCACUUUGAGCUUUAAUGGAAUUUCGUAUCGUAUCUGUUUAAGUUUUCUUUAAUUUUAUUUAUUCGCGUGCAUUAGCCGUAAGAUCAAAUAGAGAUUCUUGAGUAAUAAACCGCAUGAUGAUUAUCA